AUGGAAAAGGUUAAGAAACAACUUCUUCAAGCUGCCAUUAAUCAUGGAACCAUACCAAUGGACAAGGUUAAGGAAAUUCUUGAGAAACUAUGCGAUGCAUAUGAUGUUCGUGAACCGGACAGUCCAACGGCUCUAAAGGGUCUUAUUGUUGAAAUUGAUACAGAGAUACGAAAAUACGAUCAAACAUUACAAUUUGUUAAACAUCCGCUAGAUGGGCAGGAAUAUUUGGUCUUUGGGAUGUUAAUUGCUAAUCUGGCGUGUAAAUUUCAACCCCAAUACACCGAUACGGAACGUAAUUAUUUUUACAAAUUACUCGAAUCAUUGGUUAGCCGUGAGGAUUAUGGUUUUGCUUGGAAUGAUAUAUAUCGAGUUGCUGAACUUAUACCGGACACAGUGCAACGAAAACUGAGCAAACAACGUAUACAAGAUUUGGAAAUUAUAUGGACAUCACAGGGAUAUUUUUUGCAAAAAGAUGAUAAAAUUUAUUUAGGUCCUCGUGCCAUGGUGGAGUAUGGAAAUUAUUUAAAACAACAUUUCCCUGAUUAUAUAAAAGAUUGUAUUCUAUGUCGUACUAUUGUCUAUUGGGAUGUUAAAUGUUCCGAGUGUCAGGUUAAAUUACACCGGGAGUGUAUUCGAAAAUAUCUAAUAAAGAAAUCAACCUGUCCUGGCUGUAAGAGAACGUGGAAUACCCGUCUAAGUUUAUCACAAAAUAAUUAG